UUUAUAAAUCUUAUCUUUUGUCUGUAUUUGCUACUCUUCAUAUUGCAUUGCAUUGCAUUCGUGACGGGAUGGGAGUUACGUUGAUAUGAGAACCCCUGUACCACUAGGCGGGAAAAUCGUAAACCCGACGACGAGGCGGCAUCUCCAAACCCCAAGGCUGACAACUCCAACCCCAAUCCUACCAAAAACUUUACCUCCACCCUCCUACCAACCUACCUACCUCACCACAAAACCUAAUCCCAACAAAAUGCCCGACUCUGAACCGCGCUCAGAAAGCAAAAGAGAGCGCAGACGCUCACUAACCUCUGACUCCGAAGACGAGCGACGCCGGCGACACCGCCGCCGCGAGCGCGAGGACCGAGAUGGCGAGUCCAGAGACGCAGAUAGCACGCGAAAAAGAUACCACGGCCGCGAUAACGAUAAGACGCGCAGCUCCCACAGAUCAGAUGAAGAGAGCGCAUCCGCUACCAAACGCCGCCGCUCUAGGAGCCCGCGCGACGACUCGUCCCGGAGACACCAUCGCCAUGGACGGGAUCAUGGCGGGAGGGACCGUAGACACCGCGACCGCUCCCGCGACAAAGAUUCGAAACUCCGAUCCCCGCGCCCGCGCAGCCGUGAUCGCGAUCGAGACUCUAAGCACCGCUCCGCGCGCCCUCGAAGCCGCGACCGCAACCGCGAUGGUGAUGCGAGACCUAUCCCCGCCGCACCCUCGCCGAUGCGGAAGAGCAAUGCACCCCUCCCGAGUCAGCAGGAUAGUUUCUCUAUGAUCCGCGGUGGAUAUGGUGGUGGUGGACGUGGCGGCUUCGGUGGCGGCUUCGGUGGCGGCGGUGGCGGCGGUCGUGGCGGCGGCCAUGGCGGAGGAGAUACAGGGGAUGAUGGCGCCAUGGUCCCCCACGACGGGCAGCCCCUUCCCGAGAAAAAACAACCCAACUUCGCGCCCACCGGCCUCCUCGCCGCCGAAACCAAAACCGUAACCACCUCCUCCGGCGCCGCCAUAGUCCUAAAAUACCACGAGCCGCCCGAGGCGCGCAAGCCCCCCCCCCGCGACGCCUGGAAGCUCUUCGUUUUCAAAAACGGGGAGAUAGUCGACACCAUCGACCUCGGUAGCCGGAGCUGCUGGCUCAUCGGGCGCGACGCCUCGAUCGCGGAUCUACCCGCUGAGCACCCGAGUAUCAGUAAGCAGCAUGCGGUGAUACAGUUUAGGUUCGUGGAGAAGGUGGAUGAGUACGGGGAUAGGAAGGGGGGGGUGAAGCCGUAUUUGCUGGAUUUGGAGAGCGCGAAUGGGACGAAGCUUAAUGGGGGGGAGGUGGAGGGGGCGAGGUUUGUGGAGGUUAGAGGGGGGGAUUUGUUGGCGUUUGGGGAGAGUACGAGGGAGUAUGUUGUUAUGCUGCGGAAGGAUUAGGAGGGGGGUAGUGGGUUGGGUGGCGCUGUUGGUGCCGGUGGGUUGGCUUGGCUUGGGCGAGGGAAGGGAUCGUGGAGGGGAGAUGCGGAAUACCGGAAUGAGGAAAAUGGAAUAUCGCUGUUGAAGAAGAGAGCUCACGUGGCCAUACCCGGUGAGUAUAAUCGAUGAUACCGAUGACGCCGGCCGCCCAUGCGGCAACUGACAUCGCAACCGCGGAACUUCCAUCCCACUCCCUCCUCUUCGCCGGCGAUUUCCGACGCCGUCGGCAGAUUCCCAUCUCAACACCGAUACUACCCCCCUCUAAUACCACUUCACUUCACGCGGCGCCGACAAGGGAAUAAACAGCAGAAUCAUCUGAAGUAUAUAUGCGGGUGUGCGAACCGCUCACGCGGCGGCAGCAGAAAGCCGUUUUAGGGACCGCCUUUCAAAGGCGGAUGUGGCUGCCACAUGGAACGUGUGUGUGAGCAGGCAGGGACUCGCGAUCUGCCAUCUACGGUGCUAGAUCUGCAUGAGACGGGCCGCCGGAGGCAUCUCCGAUCUGGUGUUGUCAGAUUCUCACUAUAUAUUGCGCUUGUAUCGUAGUGUAUCAUACUGUAAGAAACCGUUGGAGCGGGUGUAGAAAAUACCCCUGCUAGUCGGGCGGGGACAUCUCAAACAGAAAUGCCAUCCAAGGCGGGAUGAAAUGACCGUCGUCCAAGGAGCGCCGAUCGGGGGAGUGGUGACACGUACUACCGGUGGCUGACCUACCCGUGCGCUACUGCAGUGUACCCUUGUGGCGGAAGCUUGUCUGAGCCUCUGGUGUGCGUAACGCUGCUAUUGCCGCCUUGUGACACUCCUCCCAUCGAUACCUUCCCUGCGUCUUUUCGCAGCCCCGAAGCUGCAGCAGAGAGACAUGGUGGAGUUGGUGAUGCAUGAUGAGGGGACGGCAAGAGGGAGACUUGGCGGUUGUGGCGUUUCUGGAAGAGCGGGGGAAGGUGGUGGUGCAUGAGGGGGGCUGGGUGUUGAAGGGACUGUGCAUCAAGGGACUGUGCAUGAAGGGAGUGGGGGGAUAUAAGACGGGAAAUAUAAGACGGAGGAUAUAAGACGGAGGAUAUAAGACGGAGGAUAGGAUGAGGGAUAUGGGAUUGGGAACAGAUGCAGGAUGCCGGAGGAACAUGGGAUUGCUUGCCUGCUGUGCGAAUAUAGCCAGCGGCCCACGUGGUAAUCAUACCAUGGCGUUGGGGCGUGGGUGACGAGUGAGUGAGUAAGUGCCGAACUCUGCCACGAUGAGGCUGGAUAUGCCGUAUUUGGAAAGGCAGGCAGACCCGGGGCGAAAGCGAAUGUGAGAAUGCCAGCUAGCCAGUCAGUAUGAUACCAACCGGUAUGACUCCUCUUUGCGAGACUCUCUGGCCUUCCUCUGGCCGUUCUAUGACCUCCCUCAGCCAAUAAUCACCACUCACCACUCUCCGCAUCUCUCACAUCCCCAACGCCAGUGCAAGACAGACUCGGUGUGCAUCCCGUCCGCAGUUCUUCUCCCACCCCGUGAUAGCAAAAAUGCGUAUGAGUAGCCCAUCAGUAGCCCAUCGUAGCCCAUCAGUAGCCAAUCGUAGCCCAUCAGAAGUCAAUCGUAGCCCAUCAGAAAGAAGCCAAUAAAUAGUGCCUCCCAGGCUGUCUCACGCACUCGGCGUCACCCAGCCACCUGUGUGCGUAUGCGUGGGUGAGUGCAACAGAAUCAGCCAGUACGCCCGCCCAGCCGCCGCUGUCAGCAUAUGGUACUAGGCACCACCACCACGAUUGUAGGCCGCCGGUAUAUGGCCGCCUGGGUUGGCCGCUGUUCCGUAUAACUGGUUG